ACACAAGCCUGUUCUCCCCAGAUCCCCUCCUCGUCCCCGAUUCGAUUCGAUUCCCCGCAUCGGCCGGUACCAAUCCGGCGCCCGCCACCCCACACUCCGCCGAUGUUCCUCCGAUCGCGCCGCCUGUGAUCACCCCGCUCUCUUCUCUCUCGCCAGCUCAGCCAGCCGCCGGUUAGGAUCGGGGCCGGGGGAGCGCGAUGGCCGCGCCGCCGGCUAGGGCCCGCGCCGACUACGACUACCUCAUCAAGCUCCUCCUCAUCGGCGACAGCGGUGUUGGCAAGAGUUGCCUCCUCCUACGGUUCUCUGAUGGCUCCUUCACUACUAGUUUUAUUACUACAAUAGGUAUUGACUUCAAGAUAAGAACAAUUGAACUGGAUGGCAAGCGCAUUAAGUUGCAAAUUUGGGAUACAGCCGGUCAAGAGCGAUUCAGGACUAUCACGACAGCAUACUACCGGGGAGCCAUGGGAAUCUUGCUUGUUUAUGAUGUCACGGAUGAGUCAUCUUUCAACAACAUACGGAACUGGAUACGCAACAUUGAGCAACAUGCCUCUGAUAAUGUGAACAAAAUUUUGAUAGGCAACAAGGCUGAUAUGGAUGAGAGUAAAAGGGCUGUUUCUACUGCAAAGGGACAAGCACUAGCGGAUGAAUAUGGCAUCCAGUUCUUUGAAACUGUAAGUUGUUGUGCUGAAGGUUUGAUCUUUUCACAAAUUGAACCUUCUUCAAUUUUACCUUGUGCUGUAUCUUUCAGAGUGCCAAGACAAACCUCAAUGUUGAGCAAGUUUUCUUUUCCAUUGCCCGAGAUAUUAAGCAGAGGCUUGCUGAGACUGAUUCCAAGCCCGAGGACCAGACGAUCAAGAUUAACAAGACAGAAGGUUCUGAGAAUCCAGAAUCUCAGAAAUCUGCUUGCUGUGGCUCAUGAGGAAUACGUGGACUUCUACCAUGGGCUGUUUUAACUUUAUCUGUUUAUUACUGUCAGCUUGUUAUUAUAGGAACUGUAAGACUUAAGGAGAUGACUAUGUUGUGGUUGUUGUGUUACCUUCUAUAUUCUUUGCAGCAGCAACUAUUACUUUUAAUGUAGUUUUUGUGAUUUCUAGGGGUGAUUGCAUGUUGUAUUGCCAUCGUGAGAACCAUCCACUUGCUGCUGAUGUAACUGCAUUUCAGUUUUUCAAUCGGUUGGUUGCUACA